AUGGGCACAGACACAUCCCAGACCUCGGACACCAACGCCACUAACCAAGAGGGUACAGUACAUGCAAAGGACCUCAGGGACACCGUGCCCAAGACAGACGACAGGUCUGAAGAAGAUGUCUCUUCUAUAGCCACGCCGGUCAGCCGCAACACGUCACUGGAUUUCAUCUCUUCGCCAACGACGCCUCUUACACUCAGUCCAAGCGAUGUCGCAUAUCCCGGACCGGGAGAGGCGUUGCCGACCAGUGAUUUCGAAACGACGAACGGUGAAUACGCCCGUGACAACGCAAACAACUUCAAUGGCGACCAGCUAGCCUAUGUCCUCCGGGAAUGGGAGGCGAACGACAACUAUUACAUGACAUUCCCCGCAAAUGACGGGUUCCAGAGCCCGAAGCUGGUGUGGAUAGCGUAUACUACCAGCCACUACGAAGGCAUCGCGUACGGCAAGCCGAAGAGGGCCGCCGCUACUCUGGCAAACCCGGCGAUGAAGAGGUUCGCGAUGUCCAUUCCUGACAAUCCGAGACCGCUGCCCGAGCCUGUCUCGAACGAUUACGCCAUCAUGCCUGGCUUGGACGAUUACGGCAUCGAGCGUUCCGCCGAGUAUGACAACGAUGACUAUGUGGACAGCGAGAACGACGAAUGGGAUGGCGACCUGCCAGACGUUGCUGAUCGUGGUCGGGUUGACGGCAUCGAGAAAGAUGCAGCCUUGAGCGAAUGGGACGAGUCCGACGGAGUUGUAGACGAAGGUCUCGAGGAAGUCGACAUAACAGCUCCGCCUCUCUCUGGCCGUCUAGCCGAUGACACUUCCGAGCCCUGA